GGCGGCGGCGGGACGGAGCGGCAGCGGCCGGCCCAGCGCGCGCGCAGCAGGCACCGGAGGACGCGAGCCGCGGCCGCGCACGAGCACCGGGCCCGGCGCGAGGCCCGCCCGACAGCGCCCGCCGCCGGCCCGCGCCGCCCAGCCCGCCCCCGGCCCGGCCCGCGGGGAUGCGGAGCGGCGGGCGCCGGAGGCCGCGGCCCGGCUAGGCCCGCGCUCGCCCGGACGCAGCGCCCGAGGCUGUGGGCACCGCUGGGCUCGGCGAGACCCUUCCGAGAGAGGAGCGUGAGUGACACCCAGGCACCAUGAACGACGUGGCCAUCGUGAAGGAGGGCUGGCUUCACAAACGAGGGGAGUACAUCAAGACCUGGCGGCCCCGCUACUUCCUGCUCAAGAACGACGGCACCUUCAUUGGCUACAAGGAGCGGCCACAGGACCUGGAGCAGCGGGAGUCGCCCCUCAACAACUUCUCCGUGGCACAAUGCCAGCUGAUGAAGACGGAGCGGCCCCGGCCCAACACCUUCAUCAUCCGAUGCCUGCAGUGGACCACGGUCAUCGAGCGCACCUUCCACGUCGAGACGCCCGAGGAGCGGGAGGAGUGGGCGACGGCCAUCCAGACGGUGGCCGAUGGACUCAAGAGGCAGGAGGAGGAGAUGAUGGACUUCCGAUCGGGCUCGCCCAGUGACAACUCCGGGGCCGAGGAGAUGGAGGUGGCCCUGGCCAGGCCGAAGCACCGUGUGACCAUGAACGAGUUUGAAUACCUGAAGCUGCUGGGCAAAGGUACCUUCGGGAAGGUGAUCCUGGUGAAGGAGAAGGCCACAGGCCGCUACUACGCCAUGAAGAUCCUCAAGAAGGAGGUCAUCGUGGCCAAGGACGAGGUGGCACACACGCUCACAGAGAACCGUGUCCUCCAGAACUCCCGGCACCCCUUCCUGACGGCCCUGAAGUACUCCUUCCAGACGCACGACCGUCUCUGCUUCGUCAUGGAGUACGCCAAUGGCGGCGAGCUGUUCUUCCACCUGUCCCGGGAGCGGGUGUUCCCUGAGGACCGGGCCCGCUUCUAUGGCGCCGAGAUCGUGUCCGCCCUGGACUACCUGCACUCGGAGAAGAACGUGGUCUACCGCGACCUGAAGCUGGAGAACCUGAUGCUGGACAAGGACGGGCACAUCAAGAUCACGGACUUCGGGCUGUGCAAGGAGGGCAUCAAGGACGGGGCCACCAUGAAGACCUUCUGUGGGACCCCGGAGUACCUGGCCCCAGAGGUGCUGGAGGACAAUGACUACGGCCGCGCGGUGGACUGGUGGGGGCUGGGCGUCGUCAUGUACGAGAUGAUGUGCGGCCGGCUGCCCUUCUACAACCAGGACCACGAGAAGCUCUUCGAGCUCAUCCUCAUGGAGGAGAUCCGCUUCCCGCGCACGCUCAGCCCGGAAGCCAAGGCCCUGCUGUCCGGGCUGCUCAAGAAGGACCCCAAGCAGAGGCUUGGAGGGGGCUCCGAGGAUGCCAAGGAGAUCAUGCAGCACCGCUUCUUUGCCAGCAUCGUGUGGCAAGACGUGUAUGAGAAAAAGCUCAUUCCGCCCUUCAAGCCCCAGGUCACGUCGGAGACAGACACUAGGUAUUUUGAUGAGGAGUUCACAGCCCAGAUGAUCACCAUCACGCCGCCGGACCAAGAUGACAACAUGGAGUGUGGGGACAGCGAGCGGAGACCCCACUUCCCCCAGUUCUCCUACUCGGCCAGCGGCACGGCCUGAGGAGGGCCAGCCCGGCGUGCUGGCAGAUGCCAUGCGGGGGCCACACGCCUAGACGCGGCUCUGGACUGGGAGGAAGCCGCGCCGACGACCUGUGUGAAUGUGUUCUUUCUGGGUGUCUGGAGGAGCCGCACUGCUCCGAGCGCGGGAAGACGUUCAUGCUGUGGGGCAGGGCUGUCCUGCAGUUUUUCUUAAUUUAUUUCAUCCGGUCUCCAGACGCGGCCUCUGCUUUCAGACAAGUGCUGAGGACAUCUGCGGCCGCGCGCACCUGGGGGUCCAGCGGGGCCCUGCCCUCAGCCCAUCCCUCGCGUCAGCUGUCCUUGGCUGUCACCUGUCCCUGCCCAGCUUGGAGGCACCAGAAGCAACCCGGUUGUGGCGUGCUGGCCUGGCCCCCUCUCCCUCAGGUGGGGGCCAAUGGCAGCCCUGGCGCCACAGCCCUUGGACAGUGGCCCCGAGGUGGGCCGGGGCUGGCUAUGGUCCACCCAGGACAGGAGCAGGUUGAAGCUGCUGUGUGUCGUGCUGUUUGUGUGCAUUGGGGGUUCACCUUAGACAAGAAAGCCCUCCCCCCAACCCCCCCACCCUGCCCUCCCUUCGGGACUCGCCCGAUGGCUUCCCCUGUAGCACCUGUCCACCUGUCCUUCAUAGAAGCUUCACGGCCCCGCGCCCCGCCCGACGCCCUGGAGGGCGCCACCGCACCCUCGGCAGCCCCAGCCAGACACUGCGCUGCACCAUGGCGGUUUUUUACAUUCAACUUUAGUAUUUUUACUAUUAUGAGAAUUUCCCUCCAAAUUCCUCAAUAAAAAUGGCUUUUCAACUUU